AUGGAGGAUUAUAUAGACAGUAUGGACUUGAAAAAUAGAACAAAGUAUACAGCGAAUCUUCAGUAUGACCAAUUGGACCUCAUUAGAAUAAAAAAAUUUAUUCACGACUCGAACCAUGACGUUGAACAGGGCCAAGGGGAUAAUCUGAAAAACGAUGAACAAGAAUUUUCAUUUAAGAAUAUUAUUGACUCAAACUUUUUAGAUGAAAUAGAUUCAAGUAUUAAACAUUCCACUGAUAAAAUUAAUGUAAUAGACUACGACAGUAAUAAUGUAAACGAUUGGAAUUACAAUGAUCAGCAACACGCAAGCAAACCAAAACUUGCGGAACAAAACGAACCCAUUGAUAACACUAAAUCUGAAUAUAUAUUCAACUUGGAAGCCAGAAAACCAGGUAUCUUUGUUAUAGAACAUGUAAAAAAUCGCGAAACAUACACAAAUACGCCUGAAUACAGGUUUAAUCAGCAAACUCAUAGCAAGCACAAAACUUAUAAACAUGAGUUAGAAGACAUAAACAAACUGGAAUACAUAUAUUUUGAUAAAUCGGAAUCCGAAGAAGAAAUCGAAGACAAUGACAAAAAUAAGCAUAAGCACACUGACAAAGUGGAUUAUAUACAAGUGCCCAUGUAUGAAAUGGAAAAAACACCAUCUAAAGAGAAAACUAAUGUUGAAGGUAAGCAAACGAAGUUCAGAGUGAAACAAGGGAAGUCGGAUCAAUACUCAAACCUCCAAAAAACACGCACUACACUAACACAUAUGAUCCCAAAAAAGGAAAAGAUUCUACAAGGGCGCUACAACGAUACAAGAACAAUAAAUGUUACAAAAUCAGAAAACGUAACACUAAAGUGGACAAAUAUGACGGACGUGGUGGCUGAAAAGGAUCUUAAUAGCACAUGGGACCACCACCAGUUACCACACCCCCAGUUUAAUUUGCCACCUUAUUAUUCUCCUGUGAAAUUAAUGGCUAGCGAGGAUCCAUUUAUACCCAAGCCUCCAGUGUUAGCAAAAAUAUUUCAUUCUGGUACACCACGAUUUGAUUUAUUUUUUCAGAAAGUCGAUAAUAAGAUUUCAUUUUCAUCAGAAUAUAUAUAUAGUAUAAUAUUCAUUAGCGCCGUUACCUCGGUAAUACUUUUUAUUGCGUGUAUGAUAGCAUGGUUUUUUUACUGCAACCAGAAUGCGAUGCAGAGGUCUAUUGAAAAAUACCAAUACCAGGUUAUCCUGAUAGCUGUAUUUGCGUUAUGCAUUAUAAGCAGUAUUGUGGCAAUUAUCGGCUUGUCUCUAAUUCAUACAGGUUUAGAACGUAUGAGGACAAAAACCUUGAACCCAACUGUGAAACAUCUCAAUUACAUCAUAGACAAACUACACUACUUACGCGAACAACUGCAACCCGUGGAUGGUCACAUCGCCGCCUUGCGCGGCGCGAUAUCGUUCUUAGAAAAAUUUGGUUUAUCACUUCAAUACGUCUCAAAUAUUCUUAGCCAAAUCGAGAAUGGCAAGAGUCGUUUUAUUGCUUUAGUCUAUGAUGUUGAAAGUAAAUUCACCAUAAUGAAACAAAAGGCUCAGAUCGGUCUCUCCACUGCUGAUGGGAUCAUAACGGCGAUUGGUGUAAUAAGCUGGUUAAUUAUACUUGUAUUUAUUGUUGGGUUGCUAGUCAUGGAACAGUUUAGGGAACAAAUGGAGGACGAUGAGGUAUUACACCAAGUACGAGUAAUAGUCGGUAAAGUGGCUCUGGGGAUGAUAGCUUUCUGUUGUCUUCUGGCAAUUCUCACGGAAGUGGUUAUGAUUGCUGUGAGUGAUUUCUGCAGCGACCCUGUCGAGUCCGUAAUUAGACAUAAUCCAUACAAAAGCGCUGAGCUGUCUGAUGAUACCAUCAAAAACUUCAUGACUUGCAACUACAAGUACGCCGCCAUUGACAUAGCUGGUAAUCCACAAGUAGCAACCAUGAAAAAUACAAUUGAAUCAGCAAUUGACACCUUUAAAAAAUUGAAUAUUCCAGGUAAUUAUAUGACUGACCUAAAUAGCAUUGAAGAGGCCAUAAAAGAAGCUUUCAAAUUGGCUGAUUUCGCUAAAAAAUGCGGUGAUACAAAAGAAAUUUUCCAGGCAGCAACUGAGAGUAUUUGCCAAUACGGACUGAACGGACUUUUUUACCAUUUUAUGGGCAGUAUCUUAGUUGCAAUCACCAUUGAUGCAGUAUUAAUAAUUUCCUGUGCUUUCGAAUUCAUGUGAUCAUGAUGAGCGAAAACGCAAACAAGAUGUUGUACGCAAGAGCUACAA